AUGAUUUUUUCAUCUGUCACCAGCAAAUGUCUUGCGAAGAAUGUACGAGGAAACAUUUAUUAUGUCUCAUUUUUAAGAAUCAACACAUAUAAUUAUAGUAGUAUAUUUGAUUUAAUAUUAAGAAAAAAGAAAGAAAGAAUCUGUGAUGAUAAUAAAAUAAUUAAUGAUAAUACAGGUAAAGAAGAAGAAUAUAAUGAGUGUAAUAUAAAAGAAAGAAUUUUAAAAUGUGAGGUUCCUACUUACAAUAGUAAUACUAAGAUAAAAAAGAAAGAAAAUAUUUCAUAUAUGAAAAAUGAUGUACAUAAGGAUAAGAAAUGUUCUGAUGGGUUUGAAUUAAUAACUGAUGAUAAUAUUUAUAACAAUAAAUUAUACAUCCUAAGAUAUAUAAAAUAUUUACAAAUAAGUGAUGAUAUAAAUAAAUAUAGAUUUAUAUCUAAGCAUAUAAUUAAUAAUGUGUAUAAAUUUAGAUAUAAUGAAAUAUUAUUUAUUUUAAAAAUAUUUAGUAAAAGAAAAUAUAAAAAUUUAUUAUUGCUACAAUGUUUCAGUGAAUAUUUUUAUUGGUUAUGUAAAUUAAAAAAAAGUAAUAAAAAAAAUAUAUCGUAUUAUUUAUAUUUUUGUUCAAGGUUUAAUUAUAUACCUACCAUAAAAUAUGUCGAUGAAUAUUUAGACACUUUUCUUUGUUAUGAGAAAUGGGUACCAGGUAUGAAUUUUUUUUCUUUAAAUAUGAUUGAAGAAGAAACUAAUGAUUGUGCUAAGGAUAUAAAAUAUAUAAUUAAUGUUUUAUAUUUUUUAAAUAUGUGUAAUUUAAAAAAGAAGAAAGAGUUAUUUGAUACCUUACUUUAUAUGUGUAUAUAUAAUAUAAAUGAUUUAACAGUAAAAAAUACAUUUUUAUUAUUAAAAAUUCUUAUAACUAAUAUUGAGAAUGAUAAAUAUGAUAUAUCUGUUUUUAGAACUAUUCAUAAAAAUAUAGAACGACAUAUAAAUUCAUUAGAAGAUUUAGAUUUUCAUAAUUAUAUGAAUAUUAUUUUUUAUAAUAACAUAAAUCCUGAUGCAACAUUUUUUCGUUUUGUUCAUAAUUAUAUUGAUAAAAAGGAUAUUAGGAUAUCUUCCAAUAGUAUGCUUGCUAUAUUAAAAAUAAUGAAGAAAUAUAAUAACAAGGAUCACGUUAUGUUUAAAAAAAUGGCACGUAUAAUGAUAGAUAAUUUUUUUAAUUAUACGUAUGAUCAGAUAUUAUAUGUAUUGAAGAUAUUUAUACAAUUAAAUUAUUUUAGUCAGGAUUUUUUUAAUUGUCUUUUUAAAGCUUUUAUAUCUACUGGUGCUGAUGACCUUGUCUGGAAUAAGCUACCUGAUAAGAAUUCGAAGGAAAAAAAAAAAAUACAAGGCAUAAUAAAAAAUAAAUAUCUACUAAAUGGUACCUAUAUUGAUAAUAAUAAUAAUAAUAAUAAUAAUAAUAAUGUUGUUAAUAUGUAUGAAGAUGUGUUAAAAGAAAAAAAAAAGGUUAAGGAGGAUGAAAAAAUAAAUUAUGAAAAUUUAAAGACAUGUAAUUCAUAUGAUAAAAAAGUAUAUUCUUUUGACGAGACUUAUGUGGGUGAUAAUAAGAAUAAUAAAAUAAAUGUAGAAAGGGAUAAAACUUUACAUAAUGAUAAAACGUUACAUAAUGAUAAAACGUUAGAUAAUGAUAAAACGUUAGAUAAUGAUAAAACGUUAGAUAAUGAUAAAACGUUAUAUAAUGAAAAAACGUUACAUAAUGAUAAAACGUUACAUAAUGAUAAAACGUUACAUAAUGAAAAAACGUUACAUAAUGAAAAAACGUUACAUAAUGAUAAAACGUUACAUAAUGAUAAAACGUUACAUAAUGAAAAAACGUUACAUAAUGAAAAAACGUUACAUAAUGAUAAAACGUUACAUAAUAAUAAAACUUUACAAAAUAAUAAUCAUCAUUAUAAUAAUGUUUCCCAUUAUGAUGAUGAGAAAAGUGAUAUACCAAAUAAUAUAUUGUAUAAUAACAUUUUGAACAAAAUAAAUAAUAAAUAUGAUAAUUUUACAAAUGAUCCCAGUAAAUUAUUCGGGAACCCCUCCUUGUAUAUAAAUAUGGUUGAAGAGAAAAAGGACAAUAAACACAAAAAAAUAAACGAGAUAUCCCAUUUACCUCUACAUUUAAAUAUUAUUAAAAGUAAAAUGAAAAUCGAUUCAUCAAAUAUAAUACCAAACAACAUGCGUAUGGAAGAGAAUAAUAUAUACAGGAAAGUAACAUACGAUAUAUUAUAUAUACAAAUGCAUAUUUAUCUUUUUAUUUAUUUGGGUAUAUGUGGUUAUCGUAAUAUCCAAGCGUUAGAUAUGUUAACAAAAAAAAUACAACAUUAUUUAUAUAUCAUAUAUAAUAAGCAACAUGAUAUAUCUGACGACAAUAUAGAAAAGAAAAAAAAAAAAAAAAACGACGGUAUUAAAUUAAUAUCAUUUUCAUAUGCUAUAAAUAAAAUGAAAGAAGAUUAUAAGAAUUUUUAUUUAUUAUCACAAGAACAUAAAAAUAUACUUUUACAUGAUGAUAUGAAAAGUAUACAAAUUAGGAACCAUCUGGAAAAUAGGAAAUUAUUAAAAGAUAAACAAAAGAAGAUACAAUAUGAGGAGAAUUAUAUACAUAUGUGUAAUGAUAAUAUAGACUCAAAAAACAAAAAGAAAAAAGAAAAAUAUAUUUCUAAUGUGUAUCAAGAUGAUCAAAAAAAAAUAUAUUUAAAUCAAUUGAAAAAAUCAUGUUUACAUUUUGUAUAUAAUAAAAAUGAAAAAUUAGAUUUAGAAAAAUUAGAAAAAAGAAAAAAAAAAAAAAAAUUAAAAGAGGAAAAAAAUGAUAACCUGAAUAUUAUGAAAUAUAUGAAUGUUGAAAAUUUUAGGAGAAGUAAAAGUAUUAAUACAAAUAAUAUGAAUGACACUGUGUAUACAAAUGUUUCCAGUGUAAAGAAAAGAAACAAAGAAAAGAUAGAACAAAAGAAAAACACAUUAGCAGAAUGUUACAAUGGUCAUCCUGCAUUUAUACGUCUGCACAAUAGAAAAUUGUUCAGAAGGUAUUUUAAUGGUAUGUAUAAGAGCGAACUUUACUUGGAAAAAAUAAAAAGAAAGAAAACAAAAAAAGGGAAUGAGAUGAACAAAAAGAGAAAGGGAGAUUUACGAUUAAAAAAGUAUAGAAAAAUAAAAACAUUACGAAAUACGAUUCUUAAAAGAUAUGGUUAUAUAUUUAAAAACGGGUGUAAUUUAGUAAGUAGGUACAUGAAUGAUUAUGUAUAUAAUUAUAAAGAAAAUAAUAAAUGUUUGAAAGAAGAAACUUGUGUAGAUAUGUUUUUCAAAAGAAAUGAAAUACAUAUAGAUGACUGUUUAUUUAUAAAUUAUAAUAUUUUAUGUAAUAUAUCUAUGAAGAGUUUAAUGAAAAAAAAAUUUUGUAAUUUUAUAUCUCGUAGUAAUGAAAUAACAAGUAAAGAAUAUAUUAUACAGAAUGAUUAUUAUAAUAAGAAACAAGAAUAUUAUAAACAUGAUAUUAUUAAAUGGAUAUAUAGAUAUAUAAAUAAUUGUAAUAUCUUUUUAAAAAAUAAUAAUAAAAAAGGACAAUUAAUAAAUGAAUAUGACAUCAAAAAGUUAGAUAUAUGUAUUAAAGAAUAUAAUUCAGAUAUGAAAGAAGAAAAAAAAGAAAAAAAAAAAGAAAAAAAAAAAACAAAUAAAUUAUUAAUAAGUUUAAAAAAUAUAUCAUUGAUCUGUGAAGCAUGUACCAACUUAUAUUAUUAUAAUAAUAAUUUAUAUGAUGUCUUAUUAUAUCAUAUGUUAAAAAUAAUAGAUCGUUUUUAUAAUAAUGUUGGAGAAUAUGUUAAAGAAAACUUAAUAUGUAAUCACGACAAAUCAAAUAUAAAUAUGCACAAAAAUUAUAAGAACAAUAAUAUUAAUCUUCCUGGUGAUAUGAGUAUAAUACAAGAUAGGUUUGAAGGAAAUAAGAUAUUACACAAGGAAACAAAUAUACAUAAUAAUAAUAAUAAUAUUAGUAAUAAUAAUAAUAUUAGUAAUAAUAAUAUUAGUAAUAAUAAUAUUAGUAAUAAUAAUAUUAGUAAUAAUAAUAAUUAUUAUUAUUAUCAUUAUUGUUCAAAGUUAUAUAUUUGUUUAUUUGAAAAUGUGUGGAAGUUUUUAAUCUGUUAUAUACAAGUAAAUCAUUUUAUAAAGAACAUAUUAGAAAAUGAUAUUAGAUAUAAUACAUUUGAGAAAUUAAUAGAUAUAUAUACACACAAAUAUUUUUAUUAUAAUAUUAAAAAUAUAAUAUAUAUUAUAAAUUAUAUCAACUCAUCAAAUAUUCUAUAUAAUAAUAAUAAUAAUAAUAAUAAAAAAUAUUCUUUUGUUUAUAUAUUUUUUAUAAAUUAUUUUAAUAUAUCUGUAAUAAUAAAUAAAUUAUUUCUAUUUAAUAAGAUAAUAUUUAUGAUGUCUCAAAUGUGUUCUCCAAAAAAUGUAGUACAUAUAAAAAAAAAAUUCAAGAUCAUUUUAUAUGAUAUAUCCUAUUUAUAUUAUAUAUAUACAAAGACCCUUUUGAAUUUUCAAAAAGAAAUAGAAAUAAAGAAUAGAAGAAUUUGUACGGAUAAUAUAAAACACAUAGAUAGUAAUGAUGAUAUACAUAAUUUAUUUUCUUGUAUUAAUUUUUAUAUAAUAUUUCUUUAUAUUUUAAAAAAAAAUAUAAAUGAACAAAAAGAAUAUUUUAUUCAUCCUACUACAGAACGUAUUAUGGAAAGUAAUGAUAUGAUGAUUACAUGGGACGAUUUAAAAAUUGAGAAUAAUAUCCAUCCGCAAAAUAAAUUAUAUGUACAUACAAAUAAUAUAUUAACAUAUGAGAAAAUGCAGGAACUCAAAAAUGAUGAUCAUAAUAGUAUAAUGGAACAUCAUUACAUCUUCAAAAUAAUGUUACAGUGUAUUAACUUAAUAAGAUAUUCAAAUAUUUCAAAUGAUAAAAUUAAUAAUAAUGAACAGAAAAAAAAAUAUAUAUAUAUAUUUACACUAAUACGUUUUUAUUAUAUCUUUAAAACUUUUUAUAGAAAUAAUAAAUUACUUUAUUAUAUCAGAGAACAAAAUUAUGACGACUUCUUUCCCUUAUUUAUUAUUAAGAUAUUAAACAAAAAAAAAAUCAAAGAAAUCUAUAUACCUCAACUUUUUUCUAUGGAUACAUAUACACCAACUCAUAAUAAAAAAAAACAAUUUAUACAUGGACUUAUAACAAACCAUUUUGCACCCUUUUUUAAUAAGUCCUAA